GGAGGCGGAGGCGGACAUAGAGGUUGCACGGGAGGCGAUAGACGAGUUCAAGGAGAGGGAGGCGGGAGCACUGGUGGUGGGGAAAAGCGUGGAGGCGCAACGCAAGAGCUGCCGAGCCAUGAGCAAGCUGGAGGUGCAGCCGGCGUGGCUCAAGGGCGGCACGCUGAGGGACUACCAGCUCAUGGGCCUCAACUUCCUCAUCCACAGUUGGAUGAGGGACACCAAUGUCAUACUGGCGGACGAGAUGGGGCUGGGCAAGACAGUGCAGUCCGUCUCCAUGCUCGGCUUCCUCUUUCACAUGCAGCAGAUACAGGGCCCGUUCCUGAUAGUGGUACCGCUCUCAACAAUGAGCAACUGGGAGAGGGAGCUGCGCCGCUGGCUGCCCUCCCUCAAUGUUGUUCUCUACGUCGGCAACCGCGCCUCCAGAGAGGUGGUGCAGCAGUACGAGUUCGGGCAGGGGGGCAGGAAGGGCGGGCGGCAGAGCAAGUUCCACGCGCUACUAACAACGUACGAGGUGGUCCUCAAGGACAAGGCUGUGCUAUCGCCCAUCCGCUGGACCUACCUCAUGGUUGACGAGGCGCACCGCCUCAAAAACUCCGAGGCAGCGCUCUAUACUACGCUCAUUGGCUUCCAUGCGCGCAACAAGCUGCUGAUCACGGGCACGCCGCUGCAGAACAGCGUGGAGGAGCUCUGGGCGCUGCUGCAUUUCCUGGACAACAGAAAGUUCGGCGACAAGGAGGAGUUUUCAGCCAAGUACAAACACCUGCUGGAGAACCAGAGCGAGAAGGAGAUCACGUCACUACACCAGGAGCUGCGCCCGCACAUGCUGAGGCGGGUGAUCAAGGACGUUGAGAAGUCACUGCCGCCCAAGAUCGAGCGCAUCCUGCGCGUUGAAAUGUCGCCGCUGCAGAAACAGUACUACAAGUGGAUUCUGGAGCGCAAUUUCCAGGACCUGAACAAGAACGCGCGCAGCAAUCAAGUCUCCCUUCUCAACAUUGUUGCCGAACUAAAGAAGUGCUGCAACCACCCCUUCCUCUUCGAGAGCGCUGACUACGGCUACGGGGGCGGGGCGGCGGGAGGGGCCCUGGACGCACAGGGCAAGGCGCAGCGGAUCGUGCUGGGGAGUGGCAAGACGACUCUGCUGGAUAAGCUGCUCACGCGGCUCAAAGAGACGGGCCACCGCGUUCUCAUCUUCUCCCAGAUGGUGCGCAUGUUGGACAUUCUAGCAGACUACCUCGCCCUGCGGGGCUUCCAGUUCCAGCGCCUGGACGGCAGCACGAGGGCGGACCUGAGGCAGCAGGCAAUGGAGCAUUUCAACGCGCCCGGCAGUGAAGACUUCUGCUUCCUGCUCUCCACGCGGGCUGGUGGAUUGGGGAUUAACCUUGCCACAGCUGACACGGUUAUCAUCUUUGACUCGGAUUGGAACCCGCAGAACGACCUGCAGGCCAUGAGCCGAGCCCACCGCAUAGGCCAACAGGACGUGGUGAACAUCUACCGGUUUGUGACGAGUGGCAGCGUGGAGGAGGACAUAUUGGAGCGCGCCAAGCGCAAGAUGGUGCUGGACCACCUCGUCAUCCAGAAGCUCAACGCCGCUGGGAGAUUGGAGAAGACCACCAGCAAGAAGAGCAGCUCCAUGUUUGAUAAGAAUGAGUUGGCGGCCAUUCUGCGGUUCGGAGCAGAGGAGCUGUUCAAGGAGAAAGUGAGCGAGGAGGAGGGCGCAAGCCGGCUGGAGAAUCUGGAUAUAGAUGAGAUCCUGGCGCGCGCUGAGAAGAUCGACAGUAGCACCGCUGGAGAGGGCGCUAAUGAGCUGCUCUCUGCGUUCACUGUGGCGAAUUUCAGCAGCACAGAAUAUGAUGCUGCGUUUUGGAGUCGCCUCAUCCAGGCAGCACCGGCGGAGGAGGAGAAGGCUUUAGGGCCGCGCUCCUCCCGCCGCAACGCCACCUACACGGGGGAUGGACUUGCAGCAGAUGCUGACGAUGAGGAGGAGGAGGGAAGAGAGGGGAGGGGUGGUAGGCGGGGCGGGAAGGACGGUGGGGGGAAGAGGAAGCGAGGGCGGAGAGAGCAGGGGGAUGCGGGUGGGGAGGAGGGCGGGUAUCCUGCUGCUGCGCCUGCUGUGGAAGGGGCACUGGUGAGGGUUACUCAGUGGACGGUGCAGGGGGAGGGGGGAGGGGGGGCAGGGGGUGCUGGGGGGGAAGGAGCAGCGGCAGGGGCGGGGGCGGGUGCAGCAGCAGGGGCUGGGGCAGGGGAGGCUGCUGCUGCUGCUGCUGCUGGUGCUGCUGGUGGGCCUGCUGCUGGUGGUGCUGGUGCUAGCGGUGUGAAGGUUCGGCGGCUGUCGAAGCGAGACGCCAACGCGUUUGUCAAGGCAGUGAGGCGGUAUGGUGGAGCGGAGCGGGUGGCGCAGAUGACAGCAGAGGCCGGCGGUGCGAUGGAGGCAGCGAGCGAAGCAGAGCGGCGGUCCCUCCACUCGCUACUCAUGCAGGCCUGCAAAGACACCGUGCGAGCCGCGGCCGCAGCAGAGGAAGAAGAAGCAUUGGGAGCAGCAGGAGCAGCAGCAGCGGCAGCGGCGGCGGCAGCAGGGGCGGCAGCGGCAGGGAAGAUCCCUCUUUUGGAUUUCUUCGGCGUGGCAGUGAAAGCACCGGAGCUGCUGCAGCGAGUGAAGGAACUUCAGUUCCUGGCGAAGCGGGUGGAGCGUGUAAGCGACCCGGUGAAGCAGUUCCGGCUGCGCUCGCAUGCACGCGUGCCCUCAUGGGCUAAGACGACUUCUUGGACGCCUGUGGAUGAUGCGAGGCUGCUGCUAGGGGUGCAUUUUCAUGGGUUUGGCAACUGGGAGCAGGUUCGGCUGGAUGAACGGCUGGGAUUGGAGAAUAAGAUCGCGCCGCCGGGAUCGACGGGUGGGAUCGGGGGAGGUGGAGAGGGGAAGCUGCCGAGGGGGAGUCAUUUGGAUGCGCGGGCGUCUGCUCUGCUGCGCAAGGAGCUGGAGGCGGAUCCUCACCACGCAAAGGCUGCAGCAGCGGCCAACGCCCUCAAGGUCAAGAUCAAGGUGCGCGGAGGCGGCAAGGGCGCGUUUGCUGCUGGCUCUGCUGCUGCUUCUGGCGCUGACGAAGCAGUUGCUCUGGGUGGGGGGCGUCGAGGCGGGGGUGGGAGGGAGGAGAGGGGACGGAGAGGGCGAGCAGGGGAGAGGGAGAGGGAGAGGAGGCAUGGUGGGGAGAGGGAGGGGCGGAGGCGGGGGAGGAGGGAGGAGGAGAAGGAAAAACGGUCACCGGAGAAGGAAAAGGAGGCUGAGGAGGCAAAGGAGGAGGGGGAGAUCUCCGAAGGAGAAGAUGCCGCUGCUGCAGCAGCCACAGCCGCCGCCGCUGCCGCCGCCGCAGCAGCAGGAGGCGGAGGAGGGAGCAAGGUCGGGAAGGAGGAGGAAGGGGUUGUGGGAGGCGGCGCCGCAGGGGGAGGAGGAGGGGGAGAAGGUGGGGAGGGGAGGCGCGGAGUGGCGUGGUGCAAGGGGAGGCUGGCCCCUCAGGACAGUGUGCUGCAGCGGCUGAAGCGGCUGCAGACAAGGCAGGAGCUGUCACCCAAGGAGGUGACGCAGAAGGUGAAGAAGUACCUGAGACAGCUGGGCCAUGAGAUCGACAGCGUCAUGAAGCGCGAGGCCAGCGACGGCGCCCUCCCGCGCCCCCACUUGCAGAGGAUCUCUGAGGACCUGUGGGACUAUGUGGCUCUGCACUCGCACCUGCGUGGUUCUUCCGAACCUAGGAGUGCCCAAAUGACUCCCGAACCUGGCGCUGCCGUACCACCUGCUGCCGAACCUACGCAGAGGCCGCACCGAACUUCCGAACCUGGACGAGAGGCUCGGGACCCAGCGCAGCGAGACGCGAUGGAUGGCUCAGGAGGACGGUCAUUUAAGGCUCGGGAAGGAGGGAGGUGGGAGCGAGAGCGGGAGAGGGAGAGAGGGCGGGAAGGAGAGAGGGAUCGAGAGAAAGGGAGAGGGAGGGAGUGGAGAGAAGGGGGCGGAGGGGGUGGGGCGUGGACGGCAGAGAGGAGGAGAUCAGACGGACGGGAUUCAGACCGGCCUUCUGAUGGUGGUUGGGGAAGAGGGGAGGGGGGAGACGGAGGAUCUAGGAAGAGUGUAGAGAGGGGAGGGGAGAGGGAGGAGGAGAGGAGCGAGGCAUGGAAGCGCAGGUGGAGAGAUGGGGAGGGGCCUCCUUCCUCCUCUGCCCCCGCCUCUGCCCCUGCCUCUGGUGUGAGCAGCCCUCACAGGAUACCCAACGGGCAGGUGAGGGAGGGAGGAGGGGAGGGGGGUGAGGAUGCAGGCAACGGCAACGGGCGCAUGGAGAGCAGAGCUGAGGGCUCUGGAGCUGGAGGGGAGCGCGGGAGAAAUGCCAGAGAUUCUAGAGACGCCCGCGAGGGCAGAGAUGCCAGAGAAGGCAGAGAUGCCCGGGAUGCCCCUCCAGGUGUCCCCAGGGAUGCAUUCAGAGACGCACCCAGAGAUGCUCGCCCUGCCCGGCCUCCUCCUCCCCCCCCUCCGGCCGACGCCCAUGCCCGUGUGUUCAGAUCGGGUUCUGGUGCUGGUGGUGCGGGCAGGGGCGAGGAUGGGGAGGUGGGCAAGGGGCUGAUACAGGGUGCGCGUAAGUGGGGGGGUGGAGUGGGGGACAGGGAGGUGGAGGCAGGGGAGGCGGGGGAGUUGGGGGCGGUAGCAGAGGAGGGUAUGGUGCAGGAGGAGGCGGAGGAUGUGAUUGUGAAGAGAGAAGAGGUGGGCGACAUCUCAGGCAGGGAAGUCUGUGGAGCAGCCACUAGCAUCACGGCUGCAGCCAAAGCUGAACCUUUGGCUGUGACCGAGGCUGAUGGCAUGGCCGUGGCCGAGGGUGCUUGGGGUGGUGGCAGGGGCAGGAGGAAACGAAGACAGCCGGCAGGGAUAGACACAGAUAGCAGAGCUGGCGGGGAAAUAGUUGUCGCCGGGCAGCUGAAAAGAAUCUCCGGCGGGCAGGCAAAAAGGGCGGGGCUGGGGAGGUGGCAGGAGGUGGUAGCAGCAAUCAAGGAGAUGCGGAGUGGGGGAGACGCGCCUGUUGAUACCAUGGGGUGUGAGAAAGCGGGCCAAGGCAUGGCUGACAAGUGCAGGGAGGGACGUGUGCUGCAUUGUGCCCGCCCGCCCAUUCUCCCCUCGCCGCCAUUACCUCCGAAGCAUUCCUGCUUCAUCCUCCCCACGACCGUCCUACCCCCCUUUCCUCCCUAUCUCCUCCCCCAACCACCACCAGCGGCAGUGGCACGGCUGCACGCAGCAGGGCUGCUGUCCCCGGAAGCACUCAAGGCAGCAGAGGAAACAACCGUCAGCCAAACCAUCUACCCGGUGGGUUUUUACGUGCGCAAGGCGGGGUACCUGAAGAAAAUGGCCAAUAUCUGCCUGGAAAAGCACGGGGGAGACAUCCCGGGCAGCCUGGAAGAUUUGCUUGCGCUGCCCGGCGUUGGGCCUAAAAUGGCCUAUUUGGUGAUGAACGUGGCAUGGGAGCGAGUGGAGGGCAUAUGUGUGGACACGCAUGUGCACCGCAUAGCACGGCGCCUGGGAUGGACUGACGACAAGGCCAAGACACCAGAGGACACGCGGCGAGCACUAGAGCAGUUUCUAUCCAAAGACGAGUGGAUGGGCAUCAACCCGCUCCUAGUUGGCUUCGGCCAAACCACCUGCCUGCCCAUCGGCCCCCGCUGCUCCUCCUGCCUCCUCGCAUCCCUCUCGCUCUGCCCCUCUGCCUCCCUCCCCCGCCUCCCCGCCCCUCAUCCCCGUCCUCCUCCUUCUCUCCCUCUCCUUCCAAGCACAACCGCACCGGACACGUCGACACCCGUUGAUGCCGCCACCACCGCAUCCAUUGCUGAUCCACCUGGCCUUGAUCUGCCUGAAAACUCUCUCGUGCUCGCCGUUCCUGCCCCACCCGCGGUCUCCCCCUCUGAUUCGUGGGACCGCUUUAAGCACGGUAAGCAUGGUGGGUGUGGUGAUGCCACGAGAGCAGAGGGCGGAGGCGGUGGAAAGAAAGAAGAGGAGAGCGAAGCAGUGGCAGCAGGGGCAGAAGCAGGCCCCAGGCGCAGCCUUCGCUUUUCCAGAGGCCGGAAACCUGUCUUGUGA